AUGCUGCCAUGCACAGCUGGCAAGAAAGGCUAUAUGACGCUAUCAAGCCUCAUUCGCAAAGAACCCUGGUUUUCCAAUAAUGUGGACAAAAUCAUGCACGGUGAUUCUACAAAGUCGAAGAAGGUUGGAAGGGUGGUAGUAGGGCAUGAUGAAUCGUAA